AUGAGCACGGUAUCUCAGGACCUGCAGGCCCUGGUAGUAAAGGCUUCGCGGGAGGGUGGUCUGUUCCUGAUGGCUAACGCUUCGGUGCUCAGCGCCGCGGCCAUUGCGUUCGUGUUUUUCUCCGCCAUGACAAGGCUGUUCUCGGACAGCAGCGACGAAAGGCCCGUCAAGCAACGCCCGGCGGAGCCGAGGCCCCGGUGGGAGGUGCUGCGGGUACUCAACUACCUGGUCAUCGGGCUGUUCGUGUGUUCCAUCACGUACGUGGUGUUCAACUACCGGACCAUGAGCCACGCCGAGAACGGGAACGGUGGUCUCUUCCCGAUCCUCGUCAUCUGGUCCGUGUGCAUGGCGUACUUUUUCGGGUUUUUCGGCAUCUCUUUCCUGGACACGAGCGCAAUGGAGAGAAGCCCCUCCUCCUUCGGCCUCUCCCACCUUGACACCCACCUGUACGCCUCCGAGCGCAAAAGAGCUGUGCAGUUCGCGGAGCCCCCGGCUAAAGGUAGUGCUUCGAACGGCACCAUGUGCGGGAAAGAGACGCCGCAGCUGGCCUCCUCUUCCACACCGCCGGUGGCGGAGCCUUCCUCGUGCAGCAGCAACAACGGCGGCGGGAAAUCGCUUAAGGAAAAGACCGCUGCUACGCCGCCGCCCGCCCUCGGGCCCGUCCCUGACGGAGAGGACUACUCGACCAUGACCGACGAAGAGGUGGCUGCGUGCGUGGUGACGGGCAAGCUGAAGGACCACCAGCUGGAGAAGAAGCUCGGCGAUCACGCCCGCGCGGUCGUGGUGCGCCGCAGCCUGUUCGAGAGGCGCAUCGGCCGUUCCAUGGAGAGCCUCCCCGUCGAGGGCUACGACUACGAGCGCAUCUUCGGCGCAAAUUGCGAGAUCGUGUGCGGGUACAUCCCCAUCCCCGUGGGCAUCGUGGGACCCCUCACGCUCAACGGGCAGGAGGUGUACGUUCCGAUGGCCACCACCGAGGGGUGCCUGGUUGCCAGCACAAACCGCGGCUGCAAGGCCAUCUCCCAGGGAGGCGGGUGCCGCGCGGCACUUCUCAAGGACGGCAUCACUCGGGCGCCUUGCCUGCGGAUGCCCGACGCGAUGGCGGCGGCGGACCUUAAGAAAUGGUCGGAGAUGCCGGACAACUUCGAGGCCAUCAAGGCCGCCUUCCAGACUACUACUCGGUUCGGCAAGCUGCAGGGGUUGAUGUCCACCGUGGCCGGGCGCAACGUUUACCUUCGGUUCAACUGCUUCGCCGGAGAUGCUAUGGGGAUGAACAUGGUCUCCAAGGGGGUUCUGGCGGUCGUCGACCUCUUGCAGAAGGAAUUCCCUGAGAUGGAGCUGGUCGCGAUUUCUGGCAACAUGUGCACGGACAAGAAGUCGGCCGCGAUCAACUGGGUGGAGGGCCGCGGAAAGUCAAUUGUUUGCGAGGCGCGUAUCCCGGGGAAGCACGUGGAGGCCACCCUCAAGACCACCGUCAAGGUUAUACGACCAGGCGAGACUGGUCGUGACGACGACGACAUCCGCUGCACCCUCAUCUUCCAGGCCGCGAAAAACAACGCCGCCGACGGCAGCACCGGGGCAACCCUCGCCCUCCGCGACCUUGGCGCACCGCCCGAGGCGGCGGCGGCGGCGGCGGCGGCCACGCCGGCCGGUGGUGCAACGACAGAACACACCGCCGUCACGAGCAGCGACCCCGCUCGCCGCCGCCGAUCGGCCUCGACGUUCGCGCCUCCCCUUCCCCUGGCGCGCCUCACGCGGGUAAUGUGUCUGCCGGGCAGCGGGGAGGGAGAGUCUCUUCGUUUUGUCAUCUUGGCGGCGGCGCGGGGAGGGCCGCCGGCGGGGGACGAUCCUUGCUCGCAGGGAGGUCCACCCGCUGGCUGCGGCCGCACGGGACGAACGGGGGGACCACUAGUGACGGAAGAGGCUGAGCCGUUUGGGAUACUCAGGGCGACGUCGGGCGAAGACUUCCGCGCUCUUGUGCUCGGCGUGGCGUCAGUCAAGUCCGCCUUGAACAGCCCGUUCAGGACGCGCCAACCCAUCCCACGCGUUGGCCAGCUGCCCGGCACUAACCCUGCCGGCUCUCCGGCACCUAGUACAACAUCAUCGGCAGCAGCCGCCGCCGCUUGCCUGCCGUGGCAAGGUGCGAGAGUGUGCAUCGCCGAGCUCGCGCGGACGCGGACGUUUUUCGGAGCCGUGGCCGCGGUGGAGGCGGAAGCGAGGCGGGCGGGCCGCGAGAACGGCAUACCAUUGCGCGACCAAAAUCUCUUGAUAUGUACUUCCGUGCAAUAGGGAAGAAAAAAAGAGCAUCGUAUGACCUUUCCUCGUUCGUGUGUGUCCCCGACUGAUACAUGCGUCAAACAUGUAGUCCGAGAGGUGUGUGGUGACUGGAGCCAGAGUAAAUGGGACGAAUACACACACACACCCGCACGAGACUGACGUCUUCAUGCCUCCUUCAACGUGGUUCGCGAGACGGGCUUAGUCAUUCGUCUCCAAGUACACGUACGAGAAAUUGCUUUCAGUAAACUAGCAUGACGUGUGGAACAAAGGAAUGACGCGAGAAAUAAACGUGUACAGUAGAGAUUGCGGUACGAAUGGAAGAUCAACAACCAGGGGCUGGCCGACCUCGUGAUAUAGCCCACCUCUUCCGCCUCUGCUUCCCAACCCCGUGUACGGUUCAAUCACGCAACCCUACCUCUGCUAAGCAGCGAUCUGCUACAUAAUGCCGGAUGGAUGUUUGCUUUUGACAACGCCUACAACUGCUGUAGACCCCCUUCCACGCUUUGUGAGUGUGUGUGCCCGAGGGUGAACACAAGACUCGAGCGAGAGAAAAUGUAGGCUGGUUUGUUCCGGCAUAGCCGGUGCUGCAGUAGUAGCAGCCUUGCCAACAACCUAUGGUACUCCACAAGGAUAUGGUCUCGUGAGACUGACAAAAUCUUGGGAGUACAUGUGCGCGUUCCGCUUGAUGGGUUGGCUCCAACCAGGCCUUUGGCCCUUGUUGCCGCCCUACGCACACUCGCAAUCAUGGGUAGUUCCUCCAUGAGUGGAUGGGGCACUAUGCUUUCUUGUCCUGCUUGCUCUUGUUUUCUUGUAUUAUCCUCGCCCGGCGAACUGGAUGAAUGAACAAGACGUGUUGCUGUUCUCAACUCUCCUAACCAGUCCUUUUCAAC